CGAUCCAAAAAAGUAAGACUUGAAGAGGAAGGAAGACAAGAAAAAAAGAGAAAAAAACGCGAGGUGCUCCUAACUUCUUUUCAACGCUAUCUGCCAAGAAUUGUCUUCCGGUGUUGACUUUUUUUUUUUUUUUUUUUUUUUUUUUGCGAGCACUGCAAGAGAAAAACCCUCCAAAGCACAAAGUUGAACGUGAGAAAUGUGAAGCUACCGGCUUGUGUGUUGUCAACCCAGGCUCCAGGAUUCCCUAUUAAUCCAUGCAGUACAGUGCAAUGGAUGAAUUUCAUCCCUUCAUCGAGGCACUUCUCCCUCACGUCCGUGCCAUUGCCUACACGUGGUUCAACCUCCAGGCCAGAAAACGCAAGUACUUCAAGAAGCACGAGAAGCGGAUGUCCAAGGAUGAGGAGCGCGCGGUGAAGGACGAGCUUCUGGGCGAGAAGCCUGAGGUUAAGCAGAAGUGGGCAUCCAGGCUGCUGGCCAAGCUCCGUAAGGACAUUCGGCAGGAGUACCGGGAGGACUUUGUCCUCAGUGUGACGGGCAAGAAGCACCCGUGCUGUGUGCUAUCCAACCCGGACCAGAAGGGCAAGAUCCGCCGGAUCGACUGUUUGCGGCAGGCCGACAAAGUUUGGCGUCUGGACCUGGUGAUGGUCAUCCUCUUCAAAGGCAUCCCUCUGGAAAGUACAGAUGGCGAGCGGCUUGUCAAGUCUCAACAUUGCACCAACCCAGCACUUUGUGUCCAGCCACACCACAUAACAGUAUCGGUCAAGGAGCUGGACUUGUUUCUAGCAUACUAUGUCCAGGACCAAGACUCGCAGCAGUCAGGAAGUCCCAGUAACAAUGAGCCAGGCAAGAACCCUCUUCCAGUCUACUUGGAAGACAGCUUCAUCAAAUCAGGAGUCUUCAGUGUUUCAGAACUGGUGCGAGUGUCCAGAAUGCCCAUCACCCACGGUGCAGCGGUAAACUUCUCCAUGGCAGACAUGCCCAGCCAACCCUACUAUCACGACCUGAACUCCGGCGUGGGGCUGCAUCGCUCCCUGUCCUCCCCUCCCGGCAGGUCAGCCAAAAGGCCCAAAACCGUCAGCAUGGACGAGAACAUGGACACCAGCCCGACUGGACCCGACUUCUACUCGUCACCCAGCUCACCAGCCAGCAGUCGGGCAAACUGGCACGAUAGAGACGGAGCAGACAUGUCCUCUCCUACCAUGAAGAAGCCAGAGAAGCCGCUGUUCAGCCCCACCUCCCCACAGGACUCCUCACCACGACUCAGCACUUUCCCUCAGCCUCAUCACCCAGGCCUAACAGGUGUAGGACACAGUGUUAUAUCGACGAGGAGCCCCCCUCCACACUCGCCCUUGCAGUUCUCAGCCUCGGCUAUCUUGCCCCCGGCGCCGUCACCCUACUUCUCGCACACCACCAUCCGCUACCCGCCCCACCUCAACCCUGCUGAUCCCCUCAAGAGCUACGUGCCGUCAUACGACCCGUCCAGCCCGCAGAGCAGCCAGCCCAACAGCAGUGGUCAAGUGGUAGGAAAGGUCCCGGGCCACUUCACCCCAGUCCUGGCUCCCUCCCCACACCACGGCGCUGUGAGACCCGUCUCGCUCUCCAUGCCCGACACUAAGCCCAUCACCACAUCUACAGAAGGCUACUCAGCCCCUGGCACCCCGACGGCUAAUCGCUUUGUAGGCCUGAGCCCCAGAGACCCCGCCUUCCUCCACCAGCAACAGCUGAGGAAGUGUGACUGGAGCGUGACUCAAAACGGCAGGCAUUAUGGCCCCAGUGCCACUGACGACACUUUGGGGAUUACUUGGCAAAGUCCUGGUACCUGGGCGAGCUUAGUUCCAUUCCAAGUGUCGAACGGGACUCCGAUUCUGCCAACAAAUGUCCACCAGAACUACAGCAUAAACAUCAUUGGUGAGCCGCUGGUCCCCGCUGAGACAGGGAACUGAACCCAGAGAGGACCGGAUGGACCCCCCCCUCCCACACUUCCCCGGGUGGAUGGGUGGGUGGAGGUGUUGGUGGUGCAGAGCUAGCACUGCAGGUGUCCGCAGCCAUGGAUGAAACCAGCAAAGCAGCACGAGCUGCACAAUCUCCACUCGCCCCCCCCCCCACCGCUCAACCCUCAAUCUCGCUCACUUCCACGUCCCUACCCGCUCCCGUCCCUCCCCACGAUGGACACUGGCCGUGAAGAUGAGGGUUGGCUCAGAGGAAAGGAAAAAAAAGAAAAGAAAAAGCUUCAGGUCUGCCGUGUCCUCGCCCAGCCCAGCCCACACACCCACCACCCACCAGUCAGUUGUUGUGUUUGCAGAACUUCUCGAUCCAUUACUGUGAUGUAUAGAUGCCUUAAUGUUUUAUUGCAUGACACUCUAGUCUCUUAGCGGCAAUUCCUACUAUUUUUCCAUACCCGGGGAAGAUGUAAAAUCUCGAUUUACACACACACACACACACAAACAAACACACACACACACACACACUAGUGAAGAGGUCUGCCUAUCAACAACCUCUGCCUGGUGGAUGGCUCCGAGACUCUAAAGCUCUCCCACCUCUUGAAAAGAGGCUUCCCCACGUCAAACGAUUCACUGUGUACACCAUAGGAACAAAAAUUGUGAAUUCAGAGUGUUUCUUCUUCCGUUUGAUUUCAGUUUACUGUGAUAUGACUCUUUGUUCAGAAAAAUGUGUUGACUUUGUUUUUUCUUUACUGCUUACUUACUUCAAGAAUAAUGUAAACACUUACGGUAAGGGUUGAGAACUCUUGAUGCGGUUUUCAAAAAACACUAAACAUUAGACUUGAGAUUGGACCCCUCAUUAAAGAAUUUGCAACUCCUUUACAAAAGGAUUUUUAAAAAAGACGGAGAAUAAGAAAAUCUCGAUAGAGGCAAGUGCAAUUGAAUUUUUGAAGGGAAGCUAUCAGUCUGUCAGCCCUAAGACUCUAAAGGAAGGGGGAUAAAUAUUAAAUGGUUUUAUGGGUAAAAAAUGUUCAAGGAAACAUUUGAAUUUGAUUUCAGUCACAUAUCCGUCUCCUCACAUGAGAAAAACAUCAAGCGUGAAAGGCAGUUGAAGAAAAGCACUAAGCUACCUGUGCAGCGCUGAGCAAAACCAGCACUUCUUUUGAGCCCUUCCCACCUAUAUGGGGAGAUUUUUUUUAAUUUAUUUUGGGGGGAAAAAAAUAAUCGAACAUAAGUAAAGAAACAAGACACACAUAGUGUGUAAAAAUGGCAUUUUAGUUGAAAAUGUUCACGAUAAGAUCAAGAGCAUAUGCAUUUGGCCAUCAGCUUCUAAAGCUUGUGUUUACAAGAAAAAAAAGGAAUGCAAAGUGUUAAUUAAUGGAAAUGUACAAUUGAUGCAAAUGUACAGUCGGCUUAUGUGUAAAGCUACAGUUUGUGCAAGGUUAACUCUGCAGUGGAAGAGUUUGAAAACUGAAAUUAUGAAUCCAGGUGGUGGCAAUCCCUGAAAUCUCGAAUUGUGCACGGCAUGUUCACAGCCAUUGCCUCUCCAGUCCAGACAUAUUUAUACAAGAAAAAUCUCUCCAAUACUCUUAAUUUGCACGAUGACAUAUAGUCCACAUUACGUGCCUUGCCUUUGAAUAUAGAGACAUCACUACACUUGUUUUUGCUGCAUUUAUCAUUAUAGGAAAAAAAUAACAUUUUUAUGAUAAUAAUUGUUUUGUACUCUGAAUGAAACUGUUGAUUUUUAACUUCAUGUACUACUCUAUCUCACAGUUACAUUGCAUAUCAAGGCUGUGUAUAGUUGCCGUUUAAAAGUUUGUAAUCAACCAGCGUUUUUUUUUUUCUUUCAUUCAUUUUUUUUGUUUUGUUUUCUCAGUAUUUUGGUGGUUUUUCUAAUAACCUGUCAUCUUUUUGUUUUCUUUAUUUUUCGAUGCUCAUUGUGUUCAUCUUCCAGUUACUAUUGUGGAGGGUGGAAUUCAGAAUUAUGAAAAUUAUGCAAUACCAAGUUUUGCCUAUGUAGGUAGUGCUUAUAGAUGUGUCAAUUAUUAGAGGCUAGUUUGGAGAUAGACAAUAUUGUAAUGCAUUUAUUUUGUUGAUAUCGUUGUUUGUUGUUGUUGUUGUUGAUGAUGUUGUUGUUGUUGUGGGUGUUUUCCUUUGUUAUCGACCAAAGUGGGGACUGCUUUCUAUGCAGUGUAUGACAAGGUCUUUUUUUCCCUUUCUUUCUUUAACGUAUAGGCCUACCGAAUGACGGUGAGACUUGUUCCAGUUUAUUUUAAAUUUGGGAGUUUUAGGGGAGGGCUGGUAUUUUUCUAGAAGUACUUAUAAAAAAAUGCACCCUUGGUCUUUUUUUUACGGCUGCAAAGUCACUGAUUGGUCUACUGUGACUCUUACUUUCAACUUUCCACCUGGGGUGCUAGCAUGUGACCUUUGAAGGAGCUCAUUUUUUUUCACGAGAGACGGCUUGACUUGAGUAUGACAAUCAUUUUAAGAAAUCAUUUUGCGUAGAAUCCCAUUCUGUCGUAGAUCCCUAAAGCUGCAACUGAGGACGUAUUCAGGGAUUGGAGCAAAUCCUGUGUACUUAACAGCAAGUUGCGCGCUUUUAUCAAACAUGCCGUACUAUUCUCAACAUCACCGAAUGCAAUUUUCCCAAGUAGAUGCCUUAAACACAUCAAUGAAGUGGCCUGUGACCUGCGCAACAAUCACACACCGACUAAUGCUAGUGAGACCUGUCCAAAUCAGUUUCCGACAGGCUCAAGCAAGCCUUUAGAAAGUAUUUUAUAAGUAGUAGAUUUGUAUAAAUGUAUAUACGAUAUGCACAUAUGUCAAUUAUUAAGAUACUUCCCCAGCAGAGAGCCCCGUAGAGUAUGUUGAAGUAAAUACUGAACCGCAGGAGCACGGUGUUUUGUAACAGUCACUCCUGAAAUGUUCAGAGGCCCACUAGAAGCUUAAAUAGUCACUAGAAGAAAAAUAUAGCACUUAAAUAGCACAUAGGCAAUCGUCUUCGCCCCCUUACAGUGUUUUGAACCUAGUCUCAAGCUAAAUCUCUCAGGCGUAUUACAGGGCAUUAUUUAUAUUAAUCAUCAUCUUACUAUGUUCGAUGUUAAAAA